AUGCCAACGGAAACGGAUAAGAAUGUUACCGGCGGUAGUGCGCAGGCAUUCGAUACAAACGAUUUGGUACGGGCACUGUUGGAACAAAAUCGUCUAAGAGAACAGCAGAUGGAUAAGAUUAUAAACAAGUUGAUGGAGACCAAGGCAACGGAACGACCAACCGCAUCAAUGUUACCGGUAAUUAUGCAAACUGUACCUGUGUUCAACGGUGAAACUGGAGAUACAGAUGUAGCCGCAGAGUGGCUAAGAGCUCUCAAAACAGCCGCGUUAGUAAACAAAUGGUCAGAUGCAUGUACCCUAGAAACUGGUCGCUCACACUUGGCGGGGGCAGCUAGAAAUUGGUAUUUAUGUCACAUGAGUGAUUUAGAGAGUUUCCAGAAAUUUGCGACAUUGUUUGAGGAGACAUUCAUGGGCCAUGAGAGCAUCACUGAAACGUGGAAAAGUAUGAAUGAGCGCGUCCAGAGGCGGGACGAGACAGUGUUCGCAUAUUUUCAUGAAAAGGUUAGACUAUGCCGACGUUUGGGUUUAACGGCAAUUGAAACAAAAAAAAUGGUGUGUGUGGGGUUGCAUUCUCGGGAGUUGUCAUCUGCGUUACUGAGCAAUGGACAUACUAGUGAGACAGAAUUAGUAGCUGACAUUCGGACGUUCAACGAAGUUGAUCGAAAUCGAAGCGAGAGAUAUCGUAACACAGCACCUCGUACAACACCAAUCAAAUCGAAACCGAAGUUUACGUCAGAGAAGGAACCGACAAUUACUAAAGAAACGAAAAAUGUCAACAAUAUGAGGGGUACCCCAUCUCAAACGAGUCCGCGCUGUUACAAUUGCCAACUGUCUGGUCACAUAGCACGAGAUUGCGACCAACCACGAAAACCAUUGAAGUGCAACAAGUGCAAGCGUGAGGGACAUACUGCAAAGUACUGUCAAGUCAAUAUCACCGACGUCAACCUGAUUAGCGUGCAACCAAAAAGUAGUAUAAUACAUUAUAUUAAAGAAGUAAGAAUAAACGAACACGAAGACAUAAUCCAUGGACUGGUGGAUACUGGUAGUGCAGUUUCCAUCAUAAAACGAUCAACUGCUGUGAGAUUUGGUUUGGAAAUAAAUUCAAGAAAAAUUGACAUGUGGGCAUACGGCACUGCUCAACCAGUGAUUAGUUUGGGUGAGGCGGAAGCAGUCAUAAGCAUCGAUGAGGUACAGGAACGGGUCAAGCUGAUAGUGGUGAAUGACAACAUACAACAACAUGAAAUUAUUAUUGGACGUUCUUUCAUUGAAUUGGAAAAUGUAACCUUCAUCAAAACUAAAAACCAAUUGGUGUUCGGCUAUGACAUGAAGUUUCCUUAUCAAGAGUCAGAUAUUCCCAGGGAUUCGUCGGAAAAAACAUGCAUUGACAAUAACUCAUGA